UCGGCCCGGAGCGGCGGCCUGCCCGUCAGGCCACCCGCCCGGCCUCCGAUGCGGAGGCGCUGCGGCCGGGGCCAUGCAGCAGGCGCCGCAGCCCUACGAGUUCUUCAGCGAAGAGAACAGCCCGAAAUGGCGGGGACUGCUGGUCCCGGCCCUGCGGAAGGUUCAGGAACAAGUACAUCCCACCCUUUCAGCUAAUGAAGAGUCUCUUUAUUAUAUUGAAGAACUGAUUUUUCAGCUGCUUAAUAAGUUAUGCAUGGCUCAGCCAAGGACUGUUCAAGACGUGGAGGAACGAGUUCAAAAGACGUUUCCUCAUCCUAUUGAUAAAUGGGCAAUUGCUGAUGCACAGUCUGCCAUAGAGAAACGAAAGCGAAGAAAUCCUCUUUUACUACCUGUGGACAAAAUCCAUCCUUCCUUGAAGGAAGUUUUGGGAUAUAAAGUGGACUAUCAUGUAUCCCUCUACAUUGUGGCUGUAUUGGAGUAUAUCUCAGCAGAUAUUUUGAAAUUGGCUGGUAAUUAUGUUUUUAACAUCCGGCAUUAUGAAAUAUCUCAGCAAGACAUUAAAGUAUCAAUGUGUGCAGAUAAGGUUUUGAUGGACAUGUUUGAUCAGGAUGAUGAUAUAGGCUUGGUUUCUCUCUGUGAAGAUGAACCUAGUUCUUCUGGUGAGCUAAACUAUUAUGACCUUGUCAGAACCGAAAUCGCAGAAGAAAGACAGUAUCUACGAGAACUGAAUAUGAUCAUUAAAGUAUUCCGGGAAGCCUUUCUUUCAGACAAAAAGUUGUUCAAGUCUUCUGAAAUUGAAAAGAUUUUCAGUAACAUUUCAGAUAUACACGAAUUGACUGUGAAACUUUUAGGUUUAAUUGAAGACACAGUAGAAAUGACAGAUGAAAGUAGUCCUCAUCCAUUAGCUGGCAGCUGUUUUGAAGAUUUAGCAGAGGAGCAAGCUUUUGAUCCCUAUGAAACGCUCUCGCAGGACAUCCUUUCACCAGAGUUUCAUGACCACUUCAGUAAGUUGAUGGCCAGACCUGCAGUUGCUUUACACUUUCAGUCCAUUGCUGAUGGCUUUAAGGAGGCUGUUCGUUACGUCCUUCCACGUCUCAUGCUGGUGCCAGUGUAUCACUGUUGGCAUUACUUUGAGUUAUUAAAGCAGUUGAAAGCAUGCAGUGAAGAGCAGGAAGACAGAGAGUGUUUGAAUCAAGCUAUCACUGCCCUCAUGAACCUACAAGGCAGCAUGGACCGCAUUUACAAGCAGCAUUCACCUAGACGCCGACCUGGGGAUCCUGUUUGCCUCUUUUACAAUCGUCAACUAAGAAGCAAGCAUCUGGCUAUCAAAAAAAUGAAUGAAAUUCAGAAAAACAUAGAUGGGUGGGAAGGAAAAGAUAUUGGACAGUGUUGUAACGAGUUCAUAAUGGAAGGACCAUUGACCAGAAUUGGUGCUAAACAUGAAAGGCAUAUUUUUCUUUUUGACGGAUUAAUGAUCAGCUGUAAAACUAAUCAUGGCCAGACCCGACUUCCAGGUUAUAGUAGUGCAGAAUACAGAUUAAAAGAAAAGUUUGUCAUGAGGAAAAUUCAAAUCUGUGAUAAAGAAGACACUUGUGAAUACAAACAUGCUUUUGAAUUGGUAUCCAAAGAUGAAAACAGUGUAAUAUUUGCUGCUAAGUCAGCUGAAGAGAAAAAUAACUGGAUGGCAGCCCUUAUCUCCCUUCACUAUCGAAGUACCCUAGAUAGAAUGCUGGAUUCUGUACUGUUGAAAGAGGAAAAUGAGCAGCCACUGAGACUACCAAGUCCAGACGUGUAUCGCUUUGUGGUGAAAGACUCUGAGGAAAACAUUGUGUUUGAAGACAGCUUGCCAAGCAGAAGUGGAAUCCCCAUCAUUAAAGGAGGGACAGUGGUGAAACUGAUCGAGAGGCUAACGUACCACAUGUACGCAGAUCCCAAUUUUGUUCGUACAUUUCUUACUACAUAUCGCUCAUUUUGUAAACCACAGGAAUUGCUCAGCUUGCUGAUAGAACGGUUUGAAAUUCCAGAACCAGAACCCACUGAGGCAGACAGAUUGGCGCAGGAGAAAGGCGAGCAGCCAAUCAGCGCGGACCUGAAAAGAUUUCGCAAGGAAUAUGUCCAACCUGUACAACUUAGGUUUGAUCCUAACCAGAAGGAACCACAAGUUAUAAUGGAGUUUUUCCCUGUAACUGCACUGAGAAUGGUAAGCCAGUUUUUUCUCUCCCCAGAGACUUUUUUCAGCUCAUGUGGAAGUUUACACAAACUGAGUGAAGAGCCACUAAUUCCUCCUCCGCUUCCUCCUCGGAAAAAAUUUGAUCAUGAUGCUUCUAAUUCCAAGGGAACUAUGAAAUCUGAUGAUGAUCCUCCUGCUAUUCCUCCAAGACAGCCCCCUCCUCCAAAGGUAAAGCCAAGAGCUCCUGUGUCCGUGGGUGCAUUUGAUGGGCCUGUGCACAGUCCACCUCCACCACCUCCGAGAGACCCUCUUCCUGAUACCCCGCCACCAGUUCCUCUUCGGCCUCCGGAACACUUUAUAAACUGUCCCUUCAAUCUUCAGCCACCUCCACUGGGACAUCCUCACAGAGACCCAGACUGGCUUAGAGACGUUAAUACGUGUCCUAAUUCACCAAGCACUCCUCCCAGCACUCCCUCUCCACGAGUACCACGCAGAUGCCAUUUGCUCAGCUCCAGUCACAACAAUCUCACUCAUCCUGCCGCUCCUCCUGUUCCACCAAGGCAGAAUUCAAGCCCUCACCUGCCAAAACUGCCACCAAAGACUUACAAACGGGAGCUUUCACACCCACCAUUGUACAGACUGCCUUUGCUUGAAAAUGCAGAAACUUCUCAAUGACCUUGGCCACGUGUAGUCAUUGACACUGGAAUAGUGUUUGUAAAGGCUUUUAACUUAUUCAAAAAAGGCAUAGUAUUUUAGUACUUUUUACAGAUAAUGCUCUUACAAAAAUGCUACUGAUCAGAUAAGCUUUUGAGAAUCAGAAAAAUUGUCAGGCAUGGUGGUGCACACCUCUAAUGCCAGCAUUCUGGAAGCAAAGGCAGGUGGGUUUCCGGGUUUGAGACAAGCCUGGUCUACAGAGAAAAUUCCAGGACAGCCAGGAUACUACACAGAGAAACCCUGUCUCAAAAGUUAAAAACAAAAAGAAACAAACAGAACGAAAGAAAAGAAUUUGAAAAAUUAAAAUGCAAAAGCCCUUCAUUAUAACCCUCAGGUGACCAGUAGCAUUGCCUUGCCCCAGCUCCUCAGUGCUGCCCAAAGGCCAGUAUAAUGAGUUUCUGUUUGCACUGUAGACUCUGCUAAAAUACGGCUUAAAAUGAUACUGACUGCACUGAGAGGGGAUAGCAUUCUUGAGGAAUUUCUCGAAUUUGAGUAAUAGAUGCCUUUUGAAGGCAUUUAUGCAGAUAUAGAGGGUGUGUUGUGGUGUUACUAGUUUUAAACCCUCUUUGAUCAUCUUCUAGCUUUUAACUCAUAUGUUUUUACAUCUAGGAGAAUUAUGAAUAACACCCACUGUUCUUAAACUCUUUGAGGCCAUGUCUUAAAUGCCAGUAUUUGCUGCUGAAGACAAAAAUGGAAAAUAGAAUGGAAAUAAUAGAAUGCACUGUUUAUUAUUUUGUUAAAAUUAUAAACAAUUCUACAUAACCUGAUUAUAGAAGCAAGGGCAUGUUUCUCAUUAAGAUGUGCCUUUUGUUUUGCAGUGUAUGGUGUCUUGAGCUAAUGAUUUGCCUAUGUUUGGGAAAACAAAGUUAAUAUGCCAUGUAUAUACAGGUUAUUUAUAUUGUAUAUAUUUAAAGAUAAUGCUAAUAACCUAUAUAAAUUUAAGUGGCUUGAGGCCUAUAAUACAAUCUGCUAUUUUACUAAUUUGUAAGUCCAGAACAAAAGUUUCUUAUGGCAUAGGAACCAACUGCCAACUGCCUUGUCUUCAAAACCCAUUAACUUUCUGUAAUCUCAUGUUAACUGAAAUUUUUUAAAAGUUUUUCCAGAUUGGUAAUAUUUAAACAGAAAAUACUUAAAAGCUUUAUUAAAUUUUUUAAUCUGACGGAGGAUAAAGCUUUUGCCAUUUGGACACUCUUGUUCAAAGUGAUCAAAGUAUGUUAUGCUAAUAGCGCAGCAGCAGCAGUUGUAAAGUAGCCAAAAGCCACGUUGUUCAUCUACUGGUCUGUGGCCUUUUACUGUGCUUUGUAUCAGAGUUCUUAACAAGAUUAAUAAAUCACCUCAGUCUUAAUUUUUAAAA